UCCAAGAGCACCAAGUGCAAAGAGGGGAGGCAGGGAGAGGGGAGAGGGGUUGAAAGCCAUGAAAGAACACUGGCUCGACGAUUUAACUAAAUAGUUAACAUGCAACUUACGAAAAAGCAAUCCUCCCUCUCCCAAGUAAUUUAAAUAACGACGAGCUUUAAAUGAAGUUGAAAUCAUUUACGACACAGGAUAAUAAUAUAGAAGAUUUUAACAUUAUCGAGGAUAUACUUCUCAACAAAUGACGCGCGUAAACGACGAUUCUGUAACUUCAGCACAAGGAAACGCUUUAUCCACUUUACGCAUUUAUGGAUAACAUUUAAUGUUCUGUUAUGAUCUUAACGCGGGUGUCCAACUGACAUUCCCGCAUUCUAAGUGGUUAGUGUUGAUUUUUAAAUUGAAAAUAUUGAAUUGAAAAGUUUGUAGCAAUUGCAUCGAAGAGUAAUGAGCGGAGGUCGCUUUGAAUUUGACGAUGGCGGUGCGUAUUGUGGCGGAUGGGAGGGAGGCAAAGCGCACGGGCACGGGAUCUGUACCGGACCCAAAGGACAAGGAGAGUUCUCCGGAUCCUGGAAUUACGGAUUCGAGGUGGUGGGAGUCUACACCUGGCCAAGUGGAAACACCUACGAGGGGUACUGGGCGCAGGGGAAGCGCCAUGGCUUAGGUGUGGAGACCAAGGGACAUUGGGUCUACAAGGGAGAGUGGACGCACGGGUUUAAAGGGAGAUACGGAACGCGUUUUAGCCAGGGCAGCGGUGCCAAAUACGAGGGCACUUGGAAUAACGGAUUGCAGGACGGGUAUGGCACGGAGACAUAUGCGGAUGGCGGAACCUUUCAGGGCCAGUUCACUGGUGGCAUGCGACACGGCUAUGGCGUACGUCAAAGCGUCCCGUACGGCAUGGCGGCCGUGAUGCAAUCUCCUCUGCGAAGCUCUCUAAGCUCCCUGAGAAGUGAACACAGCAACGGCACUGUACUGCAACAGGACAUACCUGUCAUCACCGGCACAAACUCAUCCGGCCAUGAAACCAUAGUAAACACUCCCACACCCCUCGGCCCAUCUCGUGGCGGCUUUGCCCUCACGCUCCAGGUGGACCCUGAUGCGGUCAAGCCUAAGAAGAGAGGCCUGUUUAGCCGUAGCUCGCUGCUGGGCAAGCUGAAGAAAUCUGAUUCAAAGACAUCUCUGUCCAGUCAAAAGAGCAAGAUCAGCUUUUUGCGGGUCAAUUCGGCUCUUAGUUCCGCCGCCAGCGAUGCCAACUCGACCAUCAGCCUGGGCGAAAGCGAAGGGGAAGGCGAGGGUCAUGAGUUUCCGCCCGUGGAGUCAGAUAUCGAUGCCACCACCACGGAGGUUUACAUGGGCGAGUGGAAGAACGACAAGCGCUCGGGUUAUGGCAUCAGCGAACGCUCCAGUGGCCUCAAAUACGAGGGUGAGUGGCUGAACAACCAGCGCCACGGUUAUGGAAUCACAACGUUCGCGGAGGGUGGCAAGGAAGAGGGCAAGUAUGUUAACAACAUGCUGGUGAAGUCUGUUAAGAAGAAGGUCAUUCAGCUGAAAGGCACCAAGAUAAAGCAGAAGGUGGAGAGGAGCGUGGAGGGAGCUCACAGGGCAGCCGCUAUUGCCAAGCAGAAGGCCGAAAUCGCCAACUCAAGAACGGCUCAUGCCAAAACCAAAGGAGAAGCCGCAGACCAGGCUGCAAUAGCAGCUAACAACGAGUCUAGCAUCGCCCGUGUGGUUGCCAGAGAGCUUUCUCCCUCUUUUUAUCAACCAGGUCCAGAGUAUCUGAAAAAGCGAGCCCUGCAGGAGGUUGCAGAGAGUAAUGAGAACAUUGACACAGAGAUGCACGAGCCUGUGAUAGCUGAGAAUUCAGCACCAACACCCACAGAUAGCCUUUUAAUGCAUGAGAUGGAAAACCUGAGACCAAGCUCCACCUUGGCACGCACCCCUUCACCCACUCCCGCCAUUGUCACUCAGGGCUCUAGCAAGGAAGGUCCACAUCUGCUGAGCCCUGGUAACUGGAACGGAGAAAAGACCAGCAGAGGUAGCAGUCAAGCAGGUAGCAGGCCGAACAGUAGACCCAGUACACCAUCCUUUAACCCUGCCGCUCCACCCAUCGUCCCAGAGGAGCGUGCUCCAUCCCGGACCCCCAGCAUCAAAGCCGAACAGGGUUCUGAUUUGGAAAUUAAAGCCCUGCAAAAAAUUGACUCUGAGACGAAGGCAGCCGAACCUGCCCCGUUAAGAACCAGCCUUGUCAUCUCCACCGACGAUGAAGAACCGCCUCGCCCUCCCUCCAAGCUGCUGUCCAAAGCGGCCCCGCCAGAACGAAAGUCAGCCGAAGUCAAACGUAAAGCUGAAACAAGGGAGCUCGUAAAUGAGCUUCCAGCCUCUGUGACGGAAAGCAAGCCUCACUCCAGGACGGAGUUAAGGGAGGAGAAGAAAGUAACCCACAAAGUGGAGUCUAAACCUUCGCUGAAACGAGAACCGAGCCCUGCCCCAAAAGCUGCACCAAAACCUGAGCCCAAGCUAGUGCCGAAACCAGAACCUAAACCUGUGGUCAAGCCGGUUGCUAAACCAGUUGCCAAAGUGGAGCUCAAAAAUGAGAUGAGGCAGAGGUCAAUGGUGAAAUCCCCCAGUGAAACUUCACAGGAGUCCGUGGAGCUGGAUGAGGGGCCGAACACAGUUAUGAUCUGCAUGGUUAUAUUCCUGAACAUUGGUCUGGCCAUUCUGUUCGUUCACAUUUUGUCUUGAGGCGACAAAGCCUUAGCCAAAACCACCCAGGUGAAAGAAUGUAGCUGUGAGGAUGCGGCGCGCUCCAUUAGCAGCUCUGUUGUUGUGAUAUCGAGUUUCAGAAAAGCCCUCCUGAGCUACUCUAAAGAUGGCCGCCAUCUGCAGUUGGACUGAGCGAAUCAAACCAUCAGUACGUCUCAAUGUCUGACUGUGAGAGAGUAAAGCAUUUGUACACAUUUGCUUUGUAAGGCACCGAAUUUUACAGUUCUGUCAACUAAGUUUGUUUGUCAGUAGAGAAAAAUAAAUGGAAUAAUCUGCUAUAAGGGCUUACUUAUGUUGUCUACUUUCACAAUCACAUAUCGAGUAGUGCAGGAUGUAAUUUGGUAUAUAAUAUUCAUAUUUGGAGAAUAAACAUAAAUACAGUGACUUUAUGAAGUGGGUGAAUCAUUUUUCUUUUAUUUACUUUGGUAUAAAGAAAUCCACCAGUAUAUUUUUUAUCUAGUUUUAUCAAAUUCAAGUUUGGGAGGAACAUUUCAUGUAAUUCAACCAAUCAGUGCAAAGAGGUUUCUCUAUUUAGCCGUCCUUCACCUAUGUCCCGUCACAGCAUCCCUCCUCCACCCCAUUACCUUACUCUCUGGGUUUUGAGCUCAGAGCCCUCCCCUCGCACAGCACACCAAAAAUGCUUUAUUUCAUAUUUGAUUACAUGUAAUGCAAACUUGUGAAGUGUCUUAAAAUGUCCCCUCUGUAAUAAAGAGCAUCCUUACUGUAAAAUGAAGAUAUAACAUUAAAGCCUACAAAUAUUUUCUACAAUGAAAGCAUAAGUUGUACAGUAUUCACUAAUUUGAAUACUUUGCUCUAAUGACGAUUGUUAUGAAAGUAUUGUGUUUUCUGCAAAGAUAGCACAAGCAACCCUCUAAAGAUCUGAUGGGUCACCAAUUUUUGGGCUGAGAAUUUUUAAACAGAAGUCUGAAAAAACAUAAUUUACUGAAUACAACAUGACAAAUAGGAAAAAUUAUCAUGUCUAACCGAGUGUUUUACUGUGAAUUUGUGACAGAUUGUGUCAUGCUUGAAUUUCAUUAGCGUUUUUCUGCCUAUAUCAGAAAUACCGCAUCCAUUUGAUUUUAAAAUGUUUAAGCCGGGUUGUGCAACAAAUGUACGUGUCUGAAAUUUUAUAUGCAUGUGUGCACAUUUGUUGUGUUUUUUGUACAUUUCUAAAUUAUGAGCUUUUCCGCACAAAUGUUCUGAAAAUGCACAUUACAAAGCUUUAUAUAAUACAUAUUAGAAUAGUAAAGGUUACCUCAUACGUGUAAAGAGAUUAUAAAUAAUGAUACUGGUCUUACAAACAGUAAAAAAUCUCACAUUUUUCAAAUUGUUAUUUAGUGAAUAAAGGGAUAUUAUUUUAAAUUAAGCAAAUCCUAAUGCAUUUAUUCGGCAGAGCUAUAUAUAUAUAUAUAUAUAUAUAUAUAUAUAUAUAUAUAUAUAUAUAUAUAUAUAUAUAUAUAUAUAUAUAUAUAUAUAUAUAUAUAUAUAUAUAUAUAUAUAUAUGUAUGUAUGUAUGUAUGUAUGUAUGUAUAUAUAUAUAAUUUAGUUUAGAUACUCCCAAGUGAUACAGUUGCAUGUUGACACUGUUGCAUGUACUAGCUUUAAAAUCUUUAGACUGUUUUAGUGUUUUUUCACAAGUUUGCUACAUGGUUUUUUCAGGAUGGCAAAAAAGCUACAUGACUUUUGGGGAGAGAAUUGUAGAUCAAGCAAUACAAAUACAAAUGAUUCAUUGUUUCUGUAAUUUAAUUUGCAAAUGCAGUACAUUUUGCUUAUUAAAAAGAAAAACAGUCAGCAUGUUUGAUACAUUUCAUGACUUAUUUGAUGCUUUCUUCAUUGCAAGUUCCUUCAUGUCAGCUGUAUUUUGUUAAGAGUAUACCCAGCACAACAUGGAAAUAAUAAAUUCACUACAAACUACAAACAUUAAUUCAAAUAAAUUUUUUUUAACUGCAA